AUGGCAAGGAUCCUCAAAAGACCCAACAGUGGCACAGGGGCAGGCAUCCAUCCCUCAAAAAGACCAAAGUCCUUGGACACUGCUUCGGCGUACAAUGUCCUCUCCAAACCUUUCAAAGUCCCCAUUAGAAGAAACACCAUCAACGGCAGUGAUGGCAACAGACCUGCCAGAAGAGCGAGAAAAGAUAUAAACUACGCCGAGUUAGGUCCCGUUGAUUCCAAAUCUAACGACAAUGAUCAAACUUUCCAUAUUGAUGCCAAUGGAGAUGCCUCUUUUGUAGUUAAAAGGAAAGGGGCGCUAUUAGCGAGAAGGUUCAUGAAUUCUACUAGUGAUGUCACUUUUAAAAAGAAGUUUGUGGUUCCCUUUGCUGAUCAACUCAAGAAAAAUGAAAUGGCCUUUAAUCGACCAACGAUCCCUUUGGGGACCAGAAGAAAACCAAUUUUGCUUCCAAGACCGCUUCAUGAUCCCACCGAUGAGAUGGCUAUUGUCCUAUAUGAUCCUACCGUAGACGUGUUUUUGAAACCACCAACUAUUGAAGAACAGUCAACCUCUUCGGAAUUACAAUCCUCUUUGGAGAGUAGUGUUGGCCUGUCAAACUCUUCACCAUCGAGUCAAAAAAGUAUUAGAAAAAGACCCCAUAAGAGUUUAGCAGAGAUCUUGGGGAUCAACAAAAACCCUGAAGACCGUAUCAAGGAUGCCCCAGACGUUCCAGUAAUCGUUGAUCCCAAAUUAUCGAAAAUUCUCCGGCCGCAUCAAGUUGAUGGUGUGAAGUUCUUGUAUAGAUGCACCUCGGGUUUAGUGGAUUAUCGAGCCAAAGGCUGUAUUAUGGCUGAUGAAAUGGGUUUGGGGAAAACUUUACAAUGUAUCAGCUUAAUGUGGACAUUACUUAGACAAGGUCCAAGAGGCAAGAGAACCAUCGAUAAAGCCAUUGUAGUUUGCCCAUCUUCUUUGGUUUCCAAUUGGGCUAAUGAACUUGUCAAAUGGCUAGGAGAAGGUACGGUGACCGCGUUAGCAGUAGAUGGUAAACCUACCAAAGGGUCGACGGUUGGUGAAUCUAUCACCCAAUGGUCGUUAGCCCAAGGACGAAACAUCGUCAGACCAAUUCUCAUUAUUUCGUAUGAGACGCUUAGAAGAAAUGUUGAUCGAUUAAAAAACACCGAGGUCGGGCUCAUGUUAGCUGAUGAAGGUCAUAGAUUAAAGAAUGGUGAUUCAUUGACGUUUACUGCACUUGAUUCUAUAAAUUGUGAAAGAAGAGUUAUUUUGUCGGGGACCCCGAUCCAAAAUGAUUUGUCGGAAUAUUUCUCGUUAUUGUCAUUUGCCAAUCCAGGGUUAUUGGGAUCAAGACUCGAGUUUAGAAAGAAUUUUGAAAUCCCGAUUUUGAGAGGACGUGAUGCUGAUGCUACCGAUAAAGAAAUUGCCAAAGGAGAUGAAAAAUUAGCGAUGUUAUCAGAUUUGGUGUCCAAAUUCAUCAUCAGACGUACCAACGAUAUUUUGUCCAAAUACUUGCCUAUCAAAUAUGAGCAUGUUAUUUUCUGUAAUUUGACUCCGAUGCAAAAAGCCAUCUACAAUCAUUUUGUCACUUCGCCAGAAAUCCGCAGAUUGAUCAAGGGUCAAGACUCUCAACCGUUAAAGGCCAUUGGUCUAUUGAAAAAGUUGUGUAACCAUCCAAACUUGUUAGAUUUGCCGGCAGACAUUGAAGGGAGUGAAGCAUUCAUCCCUGAAGAUUAUGUUGAUCCUUUACAUAGUGGGGGGAGAAACAAAGAAAUUCAAACGUGGUUUUCGGGGAAAUUUGCAAUCUUGGAAAGAUUUUUGGCAAAAAUGCACCAAGAAACUAAUGACAAAAUCGUGUUGAUUUCCAAUUAUACCCAAACUUUAGACUUGAUUGAAAGAAUGUGUCGACAACGAUAUUAUGGGUGCUUAAGAUUAGAUGGGACGUUAAAUAUUAAGAAACGGCAGAAGCUCGUGGAUACUUUCAAUGACCCAGAAGGCAAAGAAUUUGUGUUCUUAUUAAGUUCCAAAGCCGGUGGGUGUGGGAUCAACUUGAUCGGUGCUAAUAGGUUAGUAUUAAUCGAUCCAGAUUGGAACCCAGCCUCGGAUCAACAAGCAUUGGCCAGAGUUUGGAGAGAUGGGCAAAAGAAGGAUUGUUUUGUUUAUCGAUUCAUCAGCACCGGGACCAUCGAAGAAAAAAUCCUCCAACGACAAUCGAUGAAAAUGUCAUUAUCAUCAUGCGUGGUGGAUGAAAAAGAGGACGUCGAGCGAAUUUUCUCGGGAGAUAAUUUGAAACAAUUGUUUCAAUUCAAUACCGACGUGGAAUGUGAUACCCAUAACACCUUUGGCUGUAAGCGGUGUAAAAACGGCAAACAACAUCUAAGGUCCACCGCCAUGCUUUAUGGGGACCAGACCACUUGGAAUCAUGUCAAUCAUGAUGGAUUAAAGGACGUGCAUGAUGAUUUGUUAAGAAAUGAAUUCAAUUUCGAUGAGGUUAGUUAUACGUUCCAAUACAUUUCGCACUAG